AUGAUGCAGCACACCAUGGCCAAGCAGCGGAGAAACGUCGUUCGGGUAACUGGACAUCUUUUCCACGCCCAGUCUUCCAAUCAUCUUUCAGUAACAGAGGAGCUUUUUCUGAAUGCUGCCGAAUAUGGAAACAUUCCUGAAGUUAAGCGAAUACUCUUGGAAAUACCAUGCUUCAAUUUCAACUGUGUGAACUACAUGGGCCAGAAUGCAUUGCAGCUGGCAGUGACCAAUGAGCAUUUAGAGGUAACAAAACUACUACUAAAGAAGAAAAAUCUGUCAAGAAUUGGUGAUGCACUGUUGUUAGCAAUAAGUAAAGGGUAUAUUCAUAUUGUGGAGCAAAUAUUAAAUCACCAGGCAUUUGCAGAUGGACAUAUGCUGACCCACAGUCCAAGCCAGGCAGAUCUACACGGAGACUUCUAUGCCUAUGAUGAAGACGGCACACGGUUUUCCCAUGACAUCACUCCUAUUAUUCUGGCCUCCCAGUGCCAUGAAUAUGAAAUAGUGCAUAUACUUCUUAUGAAAGGAGCUCGGAUUGACCGCCCCCAUGACUAUUUCUGCCAGUGCAUGAUUUGCAACGAGCGGCAAAAGCAUGAUUCUUUCAGCCAUUCCCAAUCACGUAUUAAUGCUUACAGAGGUCUAGCCAGCCCUGCCUAUCUGUCACUGUCAAACGAGGAUCCUGUCAUGGCUGCUCUAGAGCUUAGUAAUGAGCUAGCUGUUCUCGCCAACAUUGAGAAAGAAUUUAAGAAUGACUACAAGAAGUUGUCCAUGCAGUGUAAGGACUUUGUAGUUGGACUUCUAGACUUGUGUAGGAGUACUGAAGAGGUGGAGGCCAUCUUGAAUGGGGAUGCUGAGUCAUGUUUAACUUCAGGUCGUCAUAAUCUUAUCCGCUUAAAACUGGCAAUUAAGUAUGAAGUCAAAAAGUUUGUGGCACACCCAAAUUGCCAACAGCAACUCCAUUUAAUUUGGUAUGAGAACUUGUCUGGUCUUCGGCAACAAACAACUGGCAUUAAGUUGCUGCUUGUUUUUGGUGUGGCUUUGGGACUACCCAUCUUGGCCUUACUGUACCGGUUAGCUCCAUCCAGCAAGUUGGGAAAACUCAUGUGUGGACCGUUUUUGAAGUUUGUGGCCCACGCUGCAUCUUUCAUAAUCUUCCUGUGCUUGCUGGUCCUGAACGCAGCAGACCGAUUUGAGGGCACAUCACUGUUACCUAACAUGACUUUACAUGAUUAUCCCUCACAGCUAUUCCGCAUGAAGACCACCCCUUUCACCUGGAUGGAGAUACUAAUCAUUUCCUGGGUCAUAGGUAAAAUCUGGGAGGAGUGCAGAGACAUCUGGUCACAAGAUAUUCGUGAUUAUGUGUCAGAACCCUGGAACCUUCUUGAUUUCAGCAUUUUGACCAUUUUUAUGACUUCCUUCAUGGCCAGACUCAUGGCGUUUUGGCAUGCCUAUGCAGCUCAGUGCUAUGUGGACAUGCACUACACUGACUUAUCUAAUGCAACUUUACCUCUUGAGAUCCAGUAUUUCCAACUUGCUCGGACCCACUGGAUGCCUUCAGACCCACAGCUAAUCUCUGAAGGACUCUAUGCAAUCGCAGUUGUGCUUAGUUUCUCUAGAAUUGCAUACAUCCUGCCUGCCAAUGAGAGCUUUGGGCCUUUGCAGAUCUCCCUGGGGAGGACAGUGAAAGAUAUUUUUAAAUUUAUGGUCAUUUUCAUAACAGUCUUUGUGGCAUUUAUGGUGGGAAUGUUCAAUCUGUACUCAUAUUACAUUGGAGCUAAGCACAACAAUGCCUUUACAACACUUGAAGAGAGUUUUAAGACAUUAUUUUGGGCCAUCUUUGGCUUGUCUGAAGUGAAGUCAGUGGUUGUAAAUAUAGACCACAAAUUCAUUGAAAACACCGGUUAUGUCCUGUAUGGCGUGUACAAUGUCAUUAUGGUCAUUGUCCUGCUGAAUAUGCUGAUUGCCAUGUUCAACAGCUCCUUUCAGGAAAUUCAGGAUGAUGCUGAUGUAGAGUGGAAGUUUGCACGCGCUAAGCUGUGGUUCUCCUAUUUCGAGCAUGGGGGGACUUUGCCUGUGCCCUUCAACCUUAUUCCUAGUCCCAUGUCCUUGGCUUCCCUCUGGUCAAGGCUAAGGAAAGUGAUGUGGGAUGAGUCUCCAGGCAAAAGCAAAGCAAAUUCCACCUCUGAUACAGAAUUAGAAAAGCUGAGGAGACAACAUGUUCCCACAGUGGAGCCACUCUAUUCUACCCAUCAUCAAAGAAUAAUGAAUCGCUUGAUCAAAAGAUACAUUUUAAAAGCACAAAGAGACAAAAGCAAUGCAGAUGUGAAUGAAGGAGCAUUAAAGGAAAUCAAACAGGACAUCUCUGGUCUGAAGUUUGAGCUGCUGGAGCACUCGAAACAUGAUAUGAACAACAUGCAACAACUCAUCCAACACUUAGAAGAGGCUGGUCUUAUUCACUAAAGUAUGCAAACUGGUUUAAGAGUUAUGUUUGUUUAUUAGUGAGAUCUAUUUAGACACUUGAGGUAGUCAACCUAUUGUUGUGGUUACCUGUUACCCCACAAUGUUGUUAAGCCUAUGGUAAAAGCAAAUCAGUUUUUCAUUAGCUGUGUUGCCUGGGUCUGCACAAUCAACCAUAUGGUGGUGCUAAUGAACCCUGUUUUUAUAACUACAGUCUGGUUCAUAUUCAGUAGUAAUUUCUUGGAAAUACAGCCCUCUGCCAGCUGGUGCCAAC